AUGGUAAACACUGUUCUUGCCGUGCAAGCUAGUAUUUGCUUUUCCCUUGAAUGGAGUAUUUAUAUCUCAAUUCUCUCACUUGGUUCAUCAUUUUUCACAUUGAUUUGGGUCUGCUUUUCUGUUAAGGUUCCAGCCAGGCUGAUGGGGUCCGUGAAAAACCAAGCUGAAACUCACACCGCAGAAUCUAAAUCUGCUCCAAGUUGGACUUCUUUACGUCAAGGGUCGAAAUCUGAGAAGGGAUGGUUCGUGGCUAAUAAUAAUAAUGCUAUCAUCAAUAAUAAGUGGAUUUCAGUGAGUUUUUUUACUGAUGCCCCCAUUGAUGAACACGGUGAUUGUUUCAAGGAAAAUUUACAAAAGGUGAUUGACAGAUUGGACGACUGGGAUUGCAAAUGAUAAAUUUGCAAUGAUAAAAGUAUUUUCUCUUUUCAGAAGAAAGAUUAUAUCUGGCCGCAAUAAACCUGGGAGUUCUCCCUGUCCCUUUCUCAUAAUAGCUAGAAAAUAGAAAAUCUUUCCCAUGCUUUAUUAUUUGGGAUUUGAAAGUUAGGCGCAACAGUUUUUCAGUGAACUGUUAGGUAACUGGGUUUUUUCCCCUUAGUUUUUAGGCA